AUGGUGAAGGCUGAGGAGUCACCCGGCUACGAGGCCCGCUCUGUCGCCAUGAACCAUGCACAUCUCGCCAAUGCCCGCCUCUUUGCCGUGCCUGAGCGACGCUUCUGGCUGCAAGGGCCCAACGGCCGACACCUCUGUCUCGUUUUCCCAGUCCUGGGCCUGGACCUGUCCAGGCUCUCCCAAGGCCUCUACGCAAGGCUCAACUCUGAGUUUGCCCGCCAGGUCUCUCUGCAGGUAGCACAAGGGCUCGCGCUGCUUCAUUCACUCGGCCUUUGUCACGGUGAUUCUCAGACUUCUUGGUGCUCCCAAGACGGACUCUCUUGGAACCCUCUCGGGGAGCCGCCGGAACCCCACGCGCCGAAGUACGUGGUCGCCCCGCUGGACCUCCGUGCCCCCGCUACCGUAAACUUGUUCACCGGCGAGGUUUGCAUCAUCGACUUUGACCAGUCGUUCGCCACUGCGUCUGGCCCCGCGCAGGGAUCGUGGCCCGGCACACCGCUCAAGUAUCUGGCGCCCGAGGCCUGCGUCGGGCGGCCCUUGAGCCCGGCCUCGGAUAUCUGGGCCCUUGGCUGUGCCAUCUUCCGCCUCCGCAAGGGCGACGACAUCUUCUAUGACUGGGAUACCAACUGCCCUGCCGACGCCCUCACGGUGAUUGCCGAGGUCAUAGGGGAGCUCCCCGAGGACUGGGCGCAGACGAGGUUCAACUACGACGGCUUCCUCGCCGAGGACGACGAGCCCGGCGACCCCUACCUGCCCCCGGACACCGCGCGACCCCUCGAGGGCCACGUGCGGGGCAUCGUUGACGAACCGGCCAGCCUGUUCAUCAGCGCAGACGGCAGGCUCGUGGACCCCGCCGACGUGAACCCGCCGUCUCCGAUCAUGCCCGAGUGGCACCCGCUCAGGGAGCCCUACCCGCCACCCCUGCGCUCCAUGGUCUGGAAGCCGACGGCCAUCUGCGUCGCUGGAAAUUACUCCGUCGCCUAUUCGUCGGGAGGCGAGACCGAAAAGAUGCUCGAGGCAUUCCCCAAGAUCCCCGAGCGCGAGGCCGAUCUGCUAUUCGACCUGCUGUCCAAGAUUUUCAUCUACGAUCCAGACAAGCGACUGACUGCCGAGGAGGUGGUGGCUCAUCCAUGGUUCCGUUUUUCUGAAUGA